AUGGCAACUUCAUAUAGUUCAGAUAAAAAUAGUAUACGUAUUGAUCAUACAACAUUAACACCACGGUAUUCAAUCACUAAUGAAGAAAGUCUAAACGAAGGUAUUAAUUAUUUAAAUGAACAUGGUUAUGCAGUUUUUAGUGAUGUUUUAUCACAAGAUGAAAUUAAUAUUAAUAAAGAUUUAUUAUGGAAAUUUUUUGAAACUAUUCCUGGAUGUAAUAUUCGACGUGAUGAUCCUUCAACAUGGUCAACCUAUUGGCCAGGUUUUCCAUCUCAUGGUGUUGUAAAUAAUUGUGGUAUUGGUCAAUCUGAUUUUAUGUGGAAUAUUCGUUCAAAUCGAAAUAUAAAACGUGUUUAUUCACAAAUAUGGAAUACAAAUGAAUUAUUAGUUUCGUUUGAUGGUUGUGGUGUUUUUCGUGAUUGGCGUUAUGAUUCAAAAUGGAAAACUAAAAGUGGAUGGUAUCAUGUUGAUCAAAAUCCUGUAUUAAAACCUAAUCGAUGUUGUAUACAAGGAUUUGUUUCAUUAACUGAUCAAAAUGAAAAAACAGGCGGUUUAAUUGUUGUUCCAUAUUCACAUUUACGUUUUGCACAAUUAACUCAACUUGGUCAUCGAUUAAAAGAUUUUAUUAUGAUACCACGUGAUCAUCCAAUUUUAGAUCGAGGUCGAGCUAUUGGAAAAUUUAUUCAAUGUCAAGCAGGUGAUCUUGUUCUAUGGGAUAGUCGUCUUAUACAUUGUAAUUCACCGGCAUUUUCAAUUGAAGAACGACAUGAAAAUGAACCAAUAGAUUUAUUAAGAAUAGUUGCUUAUGUUUGUAUGAUUCCAACAGCAUUUGUACAAGGAUAUACAAUUGAUAAAUUUCGAAAAGAACGUAAAUUAUUAGUAGAAAAUAAUUGUACAUUAACACAUUGGAGUACAGAAUUAGUACAAACACGUUCUAGUGGUGAUUUACCUAAAAUAUCAUUGAAAAAGUUUGAUGCAUAUCAACGUGCACUUAUUCUUGGCACUGAUUUCGAUGGCGAAUGA